CGGAAGCUGUGAUGUGUGUGACGUCACUCUGUGAAAGCGUCCUCUCAGGUGAUGGACUCUCAGAAGGAAGCUCUGAGCCGCAUCAUCAGCACGCUAGCCAAUAAGAAUGAAGAGCUGCAAACCUUCCUGGAGACCGUCGACAACACGCUGACGGGCCUGCAGGAGGAGUCAUGUAAGGUGAUGUCAGAGCUGGAGGCAGAGCUCGAACAGCUAAGCUCCGCCCUGGAUGAGAAAGGGGCGGGGCUAUGUGACGUCAUCAAAGAGGAGAAGCGGAGGAAGGAGGCGGAGCUUCAGAAGCAGAUGUCGGAGGGGAAGUUCGCCCUGCGUUCGGGCGAAGAGCUGCUCGAGUUCGCUAACCAAACGCUGACGAUCACCAACGAAGAAGAGUUCCUCAAGGCGGCGAAACAGAUCAAAGAGAGUAAAAAAACACUAACACGUCUUAAACCAAUCAAAGCUCAGCGUUUAACCCCCGUUGCCAGGGUAACCAUGGCCCCGGGGUUCCGCCUGGCGACCCGUCCGGCGGCGUCGGAGACGAUGUCGCAGUUCACCGUCGACUUCAGCGCCGAGAGGGCGGGGCUUCAGAGGCUGCACUUCCUGCCAGUCCCCAAAGCUCCGGAGAUCAACGCCCCCUCCUGCGUUGCCAGGGACAACAGCAUCACGGUUGCCUGGCGACCGGCCGGCGACGCUGACGACGGACGAAUCGAACGCUAUGAUCUGGAAUACAGGAAGUCGAACAGAGAAGAUUCGCUGAGGGCCGCCGGAGAUGCAUGCUGGGAAAAAAUUACCGACAUCGAGGAGACUCAGGCGACCAUCUCCGGUCUGAAGUUCGACUCCCGCUUCGUGGUGGUUCGUGUUCGAGCGAGGAACAAAGCGGCCGCCGGCGACUUCUCCGAGCUGGUUGCCGUGCCGACCGCAGCGUUCGCCUUUGUGUUUGACGGCUCGUCGGCUCACGCUGAGCUGAGGGUUCAGAGCGACACGGUGACCUGGGAGCCGCAGGGGGUCAAAGGUCACGACGCCCGGCUGAGAGGCAAAGAGAACAAGAGCAGCCGGAGCGCCACGCCCUCGCCCAAUAAGACGGCAGGAAGUCGAGGCGCACGCGACCGAUUCGCCGGAGAGUCGUACACCGUGCUGGGCGAUCAGGAGUUGGUGGGCGGCGGUCUCUACUGGGAGCUCCGCCCUCUCGCCGACUGGAAGUCCUUCAGUGUGGGCGUGGCCUAUCGCUCCAGCCUGGGACGCUUCGACCAAUUAGGUAAAAGCUCCGGUUCCUGGUGUCUCCACGCCAGCCAAUGGCUGCAGAGCUCGCUCGCUGCCAAGCACAACAACCGGGCGAAGGCGCUCGAUUGGCCGCUGCCUCAGCGAAUCGGAAUCUACUGCGACUACGACAACGGAGAUUUAAUCUUCAUUGACGUCGAUCGUCUUCGUCUUCUUCACUCCUUCAAAACAAAGUUCAACCAGCCGCUCGUCCCCGCCUUCACCGUUUGGUGCGGCGGCAUCGCCUUGACGACGGGCCUGCAGGUGCCGAGCUUCAUGGGUAAUUUCCUCUCGACCAAUCAGAGCCUGAGCAACCUGUCGCCUUAGAUCCUCGUCCAAUCAGCUGCUUCCAUUUCCCUGCUGUUAAUUAUCAUUAAUUUAUUAUUUUAUACAUUUGUAAUUAUGAGUUUAAUUUAUUACAGUACAUUUUAUUAUUACAGAUUUACGUGUUGUUGUUGUUGUUGUUGUCUUCGUCAAAUAUAAACUUAAGAAAAAAUUAAGAAUACAUAUUUAAAUUAAAUUAUUUAAUACAAUUAAUAUAUUUGUAUUUCCUGUUCGAUGAGGAAAUUCUGGACCUGAAGCUUUAUUUUGAAGGGAUUAUAACUUUAUGUCAUAGCUCAGCUCUUAUUUUGAAGAAGCAACAGAAAACAAGGUCUUUUCCCUCGGGCUUUUAUUUUGAAAAUCUACUAUUGUCUUUUUAGCUAUAGCUUUUAUUUUGAAAAGACUUUCAUGAGAAACCAAAAAAAGACUUUUAUUCUGAAAUACGUCAUCCCUUACUAUUGUGCAUUCCUUCUGGCUUUUAUUUUGUAGGCUGUAACAAAGCAUACAUUAUUUUGAAAUUCAUGAAGAAAUUAUGUGUUUAAUUGUUUUGAAAGACUUUUAUUGUGAAAGACCUCGUUAGAGUUCAUGUCUUGUAUCUCGCCUGGCUCUUAUUUUGAAAUCUCUACAAAGAUGUACUUUAUUUUGAAACAUAUCAAAUCCUCAAUGUUUAAUAAUGUGAAAGGCUUUUAUUGUGAAAGACUGGAUUAGUGUUCCUUCUGACUUCCUGGCACUUUGACUGAAUGACUUUUAUUUUGAAGGAAAAUAUAUUUAAUUGUUUCUGUUUCUUACUUGAUUUUGAGAAUCAGGAUUUAUUAAAAGUUAAAAUCACAGAUAAGUUUGACUGAAAACAGAAUUAAAGGUUUAUUUAUUGAUUAUUGAUCAUUGAUGACAUCAUGCGUGUGAAUGUUUUAUAUCCACAGAUAUUUUGAUAAACUGUGAAAUAAAUAAAUGUAUUGGAGUUGUAAAUAUGUGGAAUAAUUUGUGUCAGAGGUUUAAAUCA